UUGGCUGCAUUUUCCCUAUUCUCUCUCUCUUUUUUACACUUUUGUUCAUAAAAGAGAGAACGGAAGUCAAUGUCAACGAUCGAGUAUAAGCAAUAUGAAUCAGAGUUGCAACUUCCGGCUAUUAUUCAUUUAAUUGAAAAUGACUUGUCUGAACCUUAUUCAAUUUAUACCUAUCGUUAUUUUAUACACAACUGGCCUAAUCUAUGCUUUUUGGCCAUGGAUGGAGAUGAGUAUGUAGGUGUCAUCAUUUGUAAAGUGGAUAAACAUAAAGACAGAUUACGAGGAUAUAUUGCCAUGUUGGCUGUAGCCAAAACACACCGAAAGAGAUCGAUUGGUUCAAGUCUUGUCAAGGUUGCCAUAAUGGCCAUGAAGCAGAUGGGUGCAGAUGAGGUGGUAUUGGAGACUGAAUAUACAAAUCAAGGCGCACUGGAACUAUAUCAGCGACUUGGCUUUAUAAAAGACAAACGACUCUAUAGAUACUAUCUGAACGGCGUGGAUGCAUUUCGAUUAAAGUUAUUUUGUAAAACCAUGGUUCCUGAAUAAAAACAAU